AUGGCGAAAUCAGACGUGCGCAAAGAUUACUAUGCGGACCUUGGGCUCCAGCCCAGCGCGGAGGCUGAAGACAUCAAGAGGCAAUUCAGGAAAUUAGCACUCAAGUACCACCCAGACAGGAACCCAGGACGAGAAGUCGAGUUCAACGCCAAAUUCCAGGCCAUCCAGGCCGCCAAUGAGAUCCUUAGUGACCCCUCGCAACGACUGAAAUAUGACACCGAUCGUUUACGCGCAGGAUAUGGCAAGUGCUACGGACCGCCCAAGGCUAAUACCCAGCGCAAAACACAAACCCCCACCUAUCCUCCUCGCCCUACGCCAGCCCCGGCGUCUGCAAACUCGUACACAAAGCCGGCCCCGACUACCCCGUCGGCUGGCGCUCGACGAUACGCAUCUCAUGCGCGUGCCGGCCCGCAACAAUUCAAACAACAGGACAAUGCGCAAACAAGGGCUGAUGCUUUCCAUGGCUUUAAUAAUAUGAGAGGAGGACAGGCAGCUGGAUGGCAGGGCUUCGAUCCUUCCACUGGGCGUGCCACUGGUGGUGUCCCAGGUCCUGGGGCACAGCGUCAUCCCUUUGGAACCUCCGCGCAGUCUACCCGUCCCAAGUCUGCCUUCGAGGCUCACAACUCUCAUUCCAACGCACAGUCUUUCAAGAAGAAGCAGGGCUUUGCGCCAGGGGCCGCUGGAGGGGACGAGCCGAUGGCCCGCAACACCUCCGCCUAUAGCAGCAACAGGGCUGAACGGAUGAGCAGCCAAUACUUUAAGUCUGCUGUGCCCCCAACUGCGAAGAAACCAGUAUCACCUGAGCCGCCUCAACCCAAAUCACGCCAUUCAUACACCCCGGAGUUCGAACGACCCAGCAGAAGCUAUGCCCAGGCAGGCAAGGGUGAGAGGACUUUCUUCUCAAGCACUGGAUUAGGACGUUCCGCGACCACGCGUACCCCCUCAGGUUCUUCCCAUCAAAACGCCCAUACAGGUAAAGCCAGCCCUCCCUCUGGCCGGUCUGGGAGAUACCGUAGCGCUAGCCCCUCGCCCAGGCGGAAUGCCAAUAACUAUGACUCUACCAGCUCGAGUGAAGGGGAACAGCCUAGGCCCAAACCCAAAGCUGUGCCAAAGAGUCGACUCGGGCCGCAUCAGAAGUUUACCGACUUCUACAACCCAGGAACAGCAAGUCCCAGAAAUGGACACACCUCGGAUAGCGCUGCUUUCCCAAAAAGCUCGUAUCGGCCGGACCAGCAAUCUACUCCAUCUGGUUCUUCCUCUUCUGUCAACACUGACCCGGCAAACAAUCCCAAGAGGCCCCAGCCCGCCGCGUAUGGACGGAGCAGCACAAGUGAUUUGCACAAGAAGUUCUCUGCUGAUGAUUGGCGGGAUCAUUUUUGUCAGUUCGAUUUCUUGGGCUCUGCCUCGCCAAACAAGGAUUCACUGCCCAGAUCGCCUGCCUCGCAGAAUCGGGGCCGUACAAACUUCCGGACCGGAACGGCUCAGACAUCAGCAACUGGAUCGCCGAUUCCAAAUCCUUUCGGUCCUACUCCUCUAUAUCAAACUUCACAGUCAUCACAGCAAGAGCAACCACCAACGCCCUUUGCACAGGCAAAGUUUUCUGCAGAUUCAUGGGCUGAACAGCUUCGGAACCUCUCGUGGAAUGUACCAGAGGUCGAGAAAGCCAAACAAACGGCAAACGCUGCGCCGUCUCGUAGUCCAAACAAACAGCCUAGAACAGGCAUCAAAUUGCGGACCGCUCCGCAGCAGGCAAGUGUUGCUACUGAAGCAGAUGAAGCUAAAGAAACCCUGAAUGGCCAGACUUCUGGGCCAGCCGAGACAGCAGCACCGGACGUUGAGGAGAUGGAUAUCGACGAGGACCUUCCUACUCAGAAUAUUCCGCCGAGGGCCCCAGUUGAGAAACCAAGCAGUGGUAGCUAUCCCGAUGUGGCUUUUCAGGCUGCACCAGAUGCGCCACCAGUCAAGAAGUCCAAGCUUCCUUCGGGCACAGAAGCCCGCACCCCUCUAUUUAACCUCGAGAAUCUUCGCAAUACCGUACCAUUCACCAAUACAACUGGCGGAGGCAUCGAGAACCUAGAAGACAUCCACACUACUCUCCCCUUCGAAUCCCAAGCCAAGCAGCAAAGGACCACAAGAGAUGACAUCCGCCCUCGCACACUCCAACUUCCAAACCCACCCAAGCGACCCUGGGCCCCGAAACCAGUCCUCCUGGCCCCGACCUCCAAGCAACUCGUCCUCCCGCGGGAUAAAUGGAACUGGUAUGUCUCAGCAAUGGGAGCGUACAUGCAUGAAUGGAAUGCAUUCAACUGCCGCAUACUCACGCAUUUCAAUGCGCGCCAAGACGCGAACGAAACCGGUCUUUCGCCGGGCUGGAUCGGUGCCUUCGGAGACUCUACCCGUCUCAAAAUAAACGGCGCAGACGACGACAGCAACGAGGGCACGACAAAGACCCGUAAAGAUCUUGAUGAUUAUCACGUUGACGAAUUCCUCAUCCCUGGUACCAGUAAGGGCGGCUUUAGUGCUUAUCUCCGUGGCAUUGAGGAGGAUAUCCAGGUGCGCAAGCAUUGGGAAGUUGCCUGUGAGCUGCAUCGGGAAUGUAUCCUUGAUCUUGGACGAUUGAGGGAGUGGAUCCGGGAUGGCGGCAAGGUGGUUUGA